GGUAUUUGCCUGAGGAGAGCAGUGGGGGCUGAACAGAAAUCAGGCUGAGAGCAGACACAGUGGAAGAUAAAGCGCAGCACAGGGAGAGGAGAGAGUACAGCAGGGACAGCAAGGACAACAGGAAGGCACAAAAUCAGAAUUUUAGCAGACAGAGGAUUUUCUGCAAAGCAUAGAAUAUACAGUAGGUAGUAACUGCACAGCACAGCCUUCAAAGGAGGUUGAGUCUGCACAGAGUAUACAUAAGGUAUAUUCUGUACAUCACAAAGUAUAAAGUAGUUAAGGGCUGCAAAGAGUUAGGGGCUACCAGAGUACACAGUAGUUAGUGCCUGCAGAGAGUAUACACUAGGUAUAAGUACACAGCAUGGAGUAUGCAGUAGGUAGGGGCUGCAGAUAUUAUAUAGAAGGUACGGACUGCACAGCACAGAGUGUAUAGUAUGCGGGGGCUGCAAAUAGUGUACAGGAGGUAGGGGCUGCACAGCACAGGGUAUACAGUAGGCAGCACAGAGUAUAUAGUAAGAAGAGUGUGCACGGAGUAUAUGAUAGAUGGGGACUGCACUGUGGAGAGCAUACUUAAAGCCUAGUUGUACCAUUCAGUACAUAGGACUCAAGCAGCCUGGUGUCUGGAUGAUCAGGCUCUGAAGAUCGUUAUUUGGGACACAACAGCGGCUUUUACAGCCAAGGAAGCAUAAGAAGUGGGAAAUGUUUCCAUCUGGGUAUGGCACUCCCUAAAUAUAUAUCACUGACAAUACACAGGAAUAAACCUGGGAGCCUUGGACCUGUGCUCAGUCCUCUGUCUGUGCUCCAAUGAAGAUCUGAGUCAAAAGACCAUGGAGAACAUAUCAUGGUUUGGAGCCCCCAAUUCUUCCUGUCACCCCACAGGAAACUUUUGCCAUCCCAAUAAGACCUAUCCCAGCAGCUCAGAGAUGUCCCCUGACUUCUACAUCAUCCUCCCUAUCAUCUACGCUGUCAUCUGUGUUGUGGGGUUGACGGGAAACACUGCCGUCAUCUACGUCAUCCUCAAGGCCCCCAAAAUGAAGACAGUAACCAACCUCUUCAUUCUCAACCUGGCUAUAGCUGAUGACUUGUUCACCUUGGUUCUUCCUAUCAACAUUGCAGAAAUCCUUCUCCAUUACUGGCCUUUUGGUGUUGUUCUGUGCAAAGUGAUAUUGUCUAUAGAUCUGUAUAAUAUAUUCUCCAGCAUUUAUUUCCUGACUGUUAUGAGUAUUGACCGCUAUUUAGUAGUCCUGGCCACUGUGAGGUCCAAGAGGAUGCCUUAUCGUACAUAUCGAGCUGCCAAAGUCAUCAGCCUUCUGGUGUGGCUGCUGGUCAUAGUUAUUGUGUUGCCUUUUACCAUAUUUGCCGGAGUCUACAUGGAUGACAUGGACUUUAAAAGUUGUGGCUUGAAUUUCCCCAAACCAGAGAAGUUGUGGUUUAAAGCAAGUCGCAUCUACACAUUGUUAUUGGGUUUUGCCAUACCUGUGUCCACUAUCUGCAUCCUCUACAUGGUCAUGUUAUACAAACUGCGCAAUAUGAGACUGAACUCAAAUGCCAAAGCAUUGGACAAGGCAAAGAAAAGGGUCACUGUCAUGGUUUUUGUUGUGGUAGCUGUUUGCCUCUUCUGUUGGACUCCCUUUCAUUUGGCCACCAUUGUAUCUUUGACCACAGACUUGCAGGAGACAUCUCUGGUCAUUGGCAUCUCAUACUUCAUCACCAGCUUAAGCUAUGCCAACUCUUGCCUCAACCCAUUCCUUUAUGCCUUUCUGGAUGACAGCUUUAGAAAGAGCUUUCGGAAACUGUUGGAGUGCAAGCCAGCCUGAAUACCACCUUGGCUAUGGACAUCCAUAGAAUCGCAUUGUUCUGUGUAUCGGUUCUGGAUUUUCUACAUUACCCUCGGACAAUGGGAUUACUCCAUUUGGAAACUGAAAAUUCAAUGUAACUCAAUAUAAUAAUAAUAUAUAACUUGUUAUGUAACUUAAGGUCAUAUAACUCGGUCAGUUUAUUUGCAGUGAAUACUACUUAGGUUUUAAUAUCUGCUAGGUAUAUAUAGGGAAUGUGCAAUCCACUCAAGAUAUUAUUAGACUACCCCAUGUCUCUAAAAUGUGCUAUUUCCUCCAACCAUUCUCAGAAAUUGGUUUGUAGUGGAAUUAUUUCUAAAAUGUUGAUUGCAUUACUUCUCCAUUUUAGUAGUGAUGACUAGUUCACGAAUGUUUGAGGUAGAACUGAUUCUGGGGAAUCAUCCAGCACAAAUUGCCUUCUACCAGUGUCGGACUGGCCCACCGGGAUACCAGGAAAACUCCCGGUGGGCCCAGGUGUCAGUGGGCCCUCAUG